GACAAAACAACCCAACCAUAUCUUAUUUUCGUUUGGUUCGUUUUCUUGUAAAGACUAAGCCCACCGAUGGCUCAAGUCCUAUCUCCGGCGAUGCCACUUCUCCCUAUCUCCGGCCAAAAGCCACUACACUUCAUGGCCGGCCUUCUCGGUCGAAUCGUGACACAAGACAUGAAGAAAGAGACCACUCCAGAGAGCCCUAGAAGCCCUAAAACAACACAAGGCACUAUUCUCAUGGACAAGUACGAAAUAGGAAAGCUUCUUGGCCAAGGAAGCUUCGCCAAAGUCUACUUAGCUCGAAACAUUAAAAACGGUGAGAACGUCGCCAUCAAAGUCAUCGACAAGGAGAAGAUCGUGAAGAGCGGAAUGGCUGGUCACAUAAAACGAGAGAUCUCCAUCCUCCGCCGCGUUCGCCACCCUUACAUUGUCCACCUCCUCGAAGUCAUGGCCACGAAGACAAAGAUCUACAUCGUCAUGGAGUACGUACGAGGCGGUGAGCUUUACGAGAAAGUUGCUAGAGGCCGGCUUAGAGAAUCAACCGCCCGGAGAUACUUCCAGCAGCUGAUCUCAUCUGUUUCCUUCUGCCACAGCCGCGGUGUUUACCACCGUGACCUCAAGCUAGAGAAUCUUCUUUUGGAUGAUGAAGGGAAUGUUAAGGUCUCUGACUUUGGCCUCAGCGUCGUGUCUGAUCAGUUAUUGCAAGAUAGAAUCUGUCAAACGUUUUGUGGGACCCCGGAGUAUUUGGCUCCAGAGGUUCUGACAAGAAAGGGUUAUGAUGCUGCUAAAGCUGAUGUUUGGUCUUGUGGAGUGAUCUUGUUUGUGUUGAUGGCUGGUUAUCUACCGUUUGAUGAUAAGAACGUUUUGGUUAUGUAUAAGAAGAUAUAUAAAGGACAGUUUCAUUGUCCUAAUUGGUUUUCUCCUGAGCUUAAAAGGCUUAUGAGUAGGAUUCUAGACACGAAUCCGGAUACUAGAAUCACUAUACCAGAGAUCAUGGAGAAUAGAUGGUUCAAGAAAGGUUUUAAAGAUGUAAAAUUCUAUAUUGAAAAUGAUAAGUUAUGUAGAGUGGAUGAUGAUGAUAAUGAUGAUGAAGACGAUUCAUCAUCAUUGUCAUCAGGGAGAUCAUCUAUAUCUUCAGAGGGUGAUUUGGAGUUUGAUAUCAAAAGGAUUGGUUCAAUGCCUAGACCGGCGAGUCUAAACGCAUUUGAUAUCAUAUCAUUCUCUACCGGGUUUGAUCUUUCCGGUUUGUUUGAAGAAGGUGGACAAGGAGCUAGGUUUGUAUCUGCUGCUCCUGUUGCAAAGAUCAUUUCGAAGCUAGAAGAGAUUGGGAGAGUGGCUAACUUUACAGUGAGGAAGAAGGAUUGGAGUGUGAGGCUAGAGGGUUGUAGAGAGGGAGCUAAAGGACCGUUGACUAUUAAGGUUGAGAUCUUUGAGUUGACAUCGUCUCUUGUGGUGGUUGAAGUGAAGAAGAAAGGAGGGUUUAUAGAAGAGUAUGAAGAGUUUUGCAACAAGGAACUUAGACCACAGCUUGAGAAACUGAUGCAUUACCAAGCAGAUGAAGUUGAAGAGAGACUUUGUUAAGAAAACGGAUGGCCGAGAGAGGAAGACAUAACAAGAGAAGGUAUUAUUACUAUAGAAACAUUCUUUGUUACUAUACCAUUUAAUUUGAUUUUAAUUGUUCUGCGAUGAUGAUAAUGUAUAUAUGAAAGUGAGAGUUGUAAUAAGAGUGAUAGGAAGAUCAGAGAAGGAAAUAGAGUGAGAUCUUAAGGCAGUUAUACGGUUUUUUGCUGGCGAUUUAUAAGGCUAGUUUUACGUUGAUUGCUGAUAGGAAUGUGUUGUUUGUACUAUGAUGUAUCUCUAAAACAGAGAUGAGCGUAAUGAAAUUUCUUUCUCGG